AUGGAGUCGAAACACAUUGUUGACGGUGGUGGUGGUGCUGGUGAGGGUGGUGAUCGAGUGAAAGACGUUUUUUCGCUGAAACUUAAUCUGAAUACGCUCAAGUGUGAACUGUACAGUUCAGUGCAUGGCAUUAACUUUCAACCAAAGGAUUCCAUCGCAUACGUUUUAGGAUAUUCUCCAUCAAGAGUCUUGGAACCUAGGAUUUAUCACCAAUCAGAUCUUCCCGUUAAUAUAGUUAAAGUUAGAACUAUCCAUAUCGAUAGCAAUAUUACUGUUGGAGCUUUCUACAACGAUAGACCUUCACAUACCAUAUACGAAUUCUCUAUUACAGACGAAGCUGGAUCUAUCAAUAAAUACAGUUCAUUAACCUCUAAAGAUAAAGCUACGAUACGGUAUACUGAACGGUAUCAUGGACUCAGAUAUGAGAAGGGCUACGUGGAUUAUAGUUUACUUGAUGAAAUCCUCAGGAGUCAUUUAGCUGAUGUGAAUAUGGUAUACGUAAAAGGACAGUGCAAACGUCAAUUUUUAAUCGAUAGAUUAAAUGAUAUGCAAAUUACUAAGCCCAAUAUUAUCAAUGUUGAAGAUUGUGAUUCGCGUUUAACCACCACCACCACAAAAUGUGAGAAAAAUGAGAAAUGUAUACCACUGUGUUUGAAUCAUGAUGGCGUAUAUGGUAUAUGUGCUCAAAAUCAAAGAAUGGGUAUAUAA